AUGAGUGAUUACGAUCAGCUCUACCAGCAGGGGCUCUAUCUUUCCCCAGGCCAGCAGGAUCUUCUGCUAGCUGCCCUCUCUUCCAACAAUCCCUCCCAUAAACAGCAAGCCCAACCUAAUCACACUCCUCAAAUCAAACCCGAUCACAGCCCAGACCGUGCUUCGUCUAAUGGAUUGAGCGGUCCACCUUCGGGUGGGUUCGACAACUCGCAACUCCAUGCCUUUGGAUUCGGGGAGGAGGAAAGCCCAUUCUUGGACUUCAACCCGGAGCUCGACUUUGAGUUUCCAAACUCCGCAGACUUGAUUGGCGACCUGCCUGGUAGCGGUCCCUCCUCCGAGUAUGACAUCGGCGAGAAGCGGAAGUCGAUGGAUGGACAGUCUGAAGUGGAUGGGGAGGAGAAUGGCAAGAAGCGGCGGGAGAGCGAGGCCAAGAAGCCUGGCCGGAAGCCUCUCACAUCCGAACCCACCACGAAACGCAAGGCCCAAAACCGGGCUGCUCAGCGUGCUUUCCGUGAGCGGAAGGAAAAGCACCUCAAAGAUUUGGAAACUAAGGUGGAUGAAUUGCAAAAGACGUCAGACAACGCCAACCAGGAGAAUGGCCUCCUUCGAGCUCAGGUCGAGCGACUGCAGGUGGAGCUUCGCGAGUAUCGCAAGCGUCUCUCCUGGAUGACCAGUGGUAGCGGUAUCUCGGCGAUGAGUGCGAUCCCAAAUGCCCACUCGCGGGGGGCGUAUGGCCUGCAAAAUAAUGAGUUCCUCUUCGACUUCCCCAAGUUUGGUGAUCUUCCAGGCUCCCAUCUCUUCAAUGGCCAGGCCAACAAGAACGAUCAAUCCAAGAACAAGGGACAGAACUCUCGUGCCCCGGGUGUGCUCAGUCGCGGAAACUUCAACGGCUUGCCCAAUCUUAACACGAGCAAGUCCAAUUCUAGUACUACGUCUAAUUCCAGUACCCCCACUGGACCUGGUAGCGCCAAGUCUCACUAUGCUGGUUCAAGUGGUACUACUCCCGGCAGCACUACUUCCACCCGGGCCCCCUACAACAACAUCAAGCAGUUUGGAUUGUCGACGCAUGAUACGUCAACUUCGGACUCUCCGUCGUCUUCAUCUGAUUCACACCAGAGCCAGCUCCUCUCGUCGAAUGGUACUUCACCUGAGCCGAGCCUGAGCUCUCCGCCCGAGGCGAAGCCCCACGAUUCUGGUAACUCAUGCGAUAUCCAUGGAUCCAUCAAUGGUGAGGAAUCUUUCUGCGCGAAACUUGGCAUGGCAUGCGGCAACAUCAAUAACCCCGUUCCAGCUGCUCGGGACAAGACCAAGUCCCACAGUGUCUCGAGCGAUCAGCCGGCCUCCACGGAGGAUCCGGCCGGGCUUGAUUGGCUGGCUCAACAAAAUGGCGGUCAGUUCGACCCAGUCCUCUUUGGAGACUGGCGCGAACCCCAAGAUGCCGUUCUAUCCCAGGACUUUGGAUCUUUCUUCAACGAUGCUUUCCCUCUGCCGGACUUGGGUAGCCCAUCUCAUAACCUCACCGAGGUGGCAACUCAACAACCACCCAAGAAGAAUCUGAUUGCACAAAUCGACAGCAGACUGGAGGAAGAAGUCGUUCCUGGAGAGGACAAAACCCAGAUGCUGUCGUGUACCAAGAUUUGGGAUCGUCUACAAUCUAUGGAGAAGUUCCGGAAUGGCGAGAUCGAUGUCGACAACCUCUGCACCGAGCUGCGCACAAAGGCUCGCUGUUCCGAGGGCGGCGUGGUCGUGAACCAGCGUGAUGUCGACGACAUCAUGGGUCGUGCCAAGUAA